UUGCAGAUUCAUCAGUUCUGCCGCAAAAUUUCGGCCAUGUCCUCAGACUUGACAUUGUCCCAUUAUGUAACUAGAUGAAAUGGCAGAAGAUGUAGAGGUGCGCAUUCUUUGAUGGUACAAAAGAUUCUGUACGCAGUCAGAAAUCCGUCGGACUGUCUUUCUCGUCGGUGACCAAAAUGUGGGUUCGUUUCGUCCAAUAUGAUGGCCAUAUACACCAUCCGUUUUUUUGCCGCAAUAAAAAUGAUUUCGCCACCACCGUAUAACUUCGUCGGUCAAAAAUGCUCGUCGUGCCCGUGCCCCUUCGUACGCAUGACAAAAAACCACGUCGACCUCGAUGGCACCAUAGGAACAAGCUGUCGGUCGUCUACGUACUUCUACUUACUAGUUUCUCCUACCUUCUCGUUCAGUUUGUCGUGUCGUUGUCAAGAAGUUGCAGUUCGUUGUCUUCUUCAGUCGUGCCGACAAGCAGAUUUCCAUUUUUCUCCCCAACUGCAACACUGUCGCGACAACAAGCUUCGCCUCGGUUUCAAACUGGGCCACCUUGUUUUGCAACUCACAACCACGAAGAACCUCCUCCUCACCGAGAAGAUUCUCCCAACCCAAACUAACACUAAAACCGCUCGCAAAACCACCUUUUACUAAACUUAACAACUACAUUUUCAUUUUCAUCUAGAGCAACCUCAGCAUCCCUGCGGUAGUCUAGUAUCAACUUAAACUUUCAACCUUCUCACCAGCAACAAUCUCGUAUUUAUUCAUAUUUCUUAAUUUCAGUAUCCCUGCCUUCAUUUCUGUUUUCCUUUUCAGCAUUUCAUUCAAUCAUUGUUUGUCGUAUAUUGCAGCAUCUUGUUUUCAGUUCAUUUUUCAUCAUCAUCUCCAUCACCACUAGUACAUUAAUAUCUGAAAUAAAUUUACAAGUAAUUGUUUCAUCAAAAUUUUCUGCAGUUUCGAAGUCCUCGAAGAUCCAAUACUAUUUCUCACUACUUCAUUAUCACGCACCUUUAAUUUAUCCAUUCGCUCUUCUUUUUUGUUUUUCGACCAAAGUAGAACCAAAAAACCGCUCCAAUUGCGUACCCCGCAGAGGACGGAUUUUCCCACAUCAAGCAACACGACGGAGCACGACGAUAAGAGUAGCAUGUAACCCUGCUACCUCUACUUCCGUUCUACCUCUACUUCCGUUGCUGAUACAGUGCCAGACUUCAGUUCAAGAAAUUAAAAACUUUUUUCAAUUACACAUCACCGAGUACUACUAGUACUUGUAAGAAGACGCGAAGUAGACGACGACAAGCAAUACAACAAGAGCCUAACGGAUCAUCUACAACAGCUACACUCGAAUCAACAUCGGCUUGUUGAAAAAUAAACCAGUGCUGCGCUGACACCAAGACCUGCUUCAACAUGACGCGCACCAAAAGUUUUGUUCGGGUGGCCGGGAGUACCUCUUGCCUUCUGGCAACGCCCGUGCUGGUGGAGGCGACUCCGACCGAGGACAAGUACGCCUUUUUGAAGGAUCCCGACGAUAAGCCGGACCCAGAGGCCGUGGCCGCGUAUGAGAAAGCGAAAAAGAUGCUGGAAGACGGGUUGAGCAACGGGCCCGCUUUAUCCCACAGAAAAUAUAAAGCUACCACAACAACAUUUGUUUCUGUUCCGCAAAAAUAAAUACUUAAGUGCACCAAAGAACAAACCGCAGUGAAUAUCCUAAAUGUAAAAAUCUUAUGCUGUGGCUUCGCCAACGACAGUGAUGAUUGCUUUUCAUUUCAUUGUGUGCGUCUCUCGACGUUUAUUGAUGCAUGACUCGAGAAGGAUGAACAUGAAGAUGAACAAGUGCAGUGUGCUAGCUUCUUUCUAUGGCAUACGUUUGGCCUGGCGAAGAGGAGGGGCAAGGGGAGAAAGAGACCAAAGGGCGGUCCAGCUCCUCGUCGAAGGCCGGCCGGAGAAAGAAGCGCCGUGCCUCGAGCUCGGGUCGGAAAAAGGAGAAGAAUGCGCGCGAAGGUGACUCGAAUUCGUCCACAGCAGGCAGCGUGUUGGAGGACGAUGCAGCGUCGG